AUGGAUGCUUAUGAUGUUGUCGUUGUUGGCUCUUGUAUGAUUGAUUUGAUAUGCUACGCACCGAGGUUACCAAGAAAUGGUGAAACUCUAUAUGGUACUAAUUUUGUAAUGGGAUUCGGUGGAAAAGGGUGCAAUCAAUGUGUUUCAGCUAAAAAAUUGGGAGCCAAUGCUACGAUUAUUGCCAGGUUAGGAAAUGAUUCAUUCGGACAAAAUUACUUCAAUAAGCUUAAGGAGUAUGAGAUUUCGACAAAAUACAUCUCGAUAACUGAUGGCACACCAUCUGGAAUGGCACAAAUCACAGUUUCAGAAUCAGGUGAAAAUCAUAUUAUCAUAGUUCCUGGAGCAAAUAAACAAUUAAAUGAGUCAGAUGUAUUGAAAGCUACUGAAGUAAUUGAAACUUGUAAAGUUUUAAUGUGUCAGUUGGAAGUGUCCGAAAAUGCUACACUUAAGGCCUUACAAGUCAAGUCAAACAGUAAAAAAGGAAUAUCAAUUUUAAAUGCUUCUCCUGCUAACAUAAAAAUGAAUCCACUAUUAUUUACACUACCAGAUAUAUUUUGCGUUAACGAAACUGAAGCUGAAAUAUAUACAAAUGUGAAAAUAAAUGAACAACAACAUGCUGUCGAUGCGAUUAAAAUUUUAUUGCUCAAAGGAUGUAAAAAAGUUAUUAUAACUUUAGGAGAAAAAGGUUCAGUUUAUGGAGAGAAAGGAAAUUCAAAUUUCAUUUGUGUUCCAGUUUUGAAAGUGAAUGCCAUUGAUACAACUGGAGCAGGUGAUGCUUUUUUAGGUGCAUUAUCAUAUUUUUUAUCAAAACAUUCAAAACUGGACAUGGAAGAAAUGAUUAAAAGAGCCAACAACAUUGCUGCAUUGUCCGUUCAAAAAUUAGGAACCCAAGAAAGCUUCCCUAUAUAUUACGAGGUACCCAAACAUUUACUUACCUAA